AGAUAUUCUACCUUUCGAUGGUUGACAAACUCGAACUGGUUUCGCUAAAGGGCAGAGGUCGAGCUGAAGCCGUAAGGCUUAUGCUAGUCUUCUCCGAGUGUCCAUUUACGGAUACGAGACUCACCAUUGCUGAAUGGAAACUGAGGAAAAAGAGAGAUGCUUUUGAUGAAGAAACGAAACUACCAGUGCUGAUCAUAGAUAACACCUAUCGCAUCAUUGGGGUGUACGAAAUAUCGAAAUGGGUUGCUGAGAAAAAUGAUCUUUAUGGUGGAUUGCCUGGCGAAAGAAAAGAUAUCGAAGAAGUCAUAGCAACACUUGAUGAGUUGCAUAAAGGACUCGCACCAACACUUCGAGCCACUUUGACCAGGAAUUACGACGAAAGGCGUGCUGUAUGGAAUGAAUUCAAGGAAAAAACGCUUAUUCCAUGCCUCGAGAAAUAUGAAAAAGAGCUAGCAGACAGGAUGUUCCUAGUUGGAACAAACAUUUCUUGGGCUGACAUCGCACUGAUCGAAGUACUUACUCGAUUGCAAAGUUGCUAUGAUAGCUUUUAUCUAGCACAUUUUCCGGUACUGAAGGAAUAUUGUCACAGAUUUGAAACACUUCCGAUUAUGCGGCCAUACAUCCAAACCAGGCCUGAAACACAUUUCUGACCUCUUUGCAUCAGCAAAUUUGUAAAUUUCAAUAUAGUUGUGGAUAGUGAUAAUAUUUUCAUAAUCGAUAGGUAAUUAGGAAUCGUUAGAGAUUAUAUUGAAAACCAUGCUGAAAUUUUGUAGCCUAUAGUAGUUCGAUGUACAAUACACAAUGUAUAUAUACAGCGUUCCUGUCUCUUCCAAAUAUUUGAUCUUAAUAUCUGCUGAAUUAUUUAUGGAGAGGCACUACUUUCUAGUUCCCC